AUGGCGGCGCCGCCUUCUAUCGGCGGACUCCGGCGAUUUCAUUGCCGUCCACUUUUCCAAACCUUCCGUACCAACAAAAUAGCUUCAGUUCCCUCCUCUCCUUUCUCCGCCGUCGCUUCAAUUUCUGAAAGCAACACCACUUCGACCGAUGAGGCAAAUAGUAACAAUACUAAAAAUGUUUCUUAUUUUCCGAAGAGAGGGCAGACAUUGGAGCUGGUCUGCGAAACCCUAGCCUUCAAAGGGAAAGGUGUCUGCAAAGUUACCGACACCGGUUACGUCGUCAUGUGUGACCGUGCCCUCCCCGGCGAGCGAUUCAUUGGCCGUGUCACUCGGAAGAAGAAUAGCUACGCCGAGGUUACUAAAGUGAAGACGCUUGCCCCUCACUUGGAUGUUGUGGAAGCCCCUUGCGAAUAUGCUUCAUACUGUGGGGGUUGUAAAAUGCAGAAUUUGUUGUAUGAGGCUCAAGUCAGGGCCAAGGAGCAGCAAGUGCGUGACUUGGUGAUCCAUGUUGGCAAGUUUUCUGAUAAGGACCCUGAAUUUAGUAGCAUCAUGAAGCCCAUUGUGCCCUGUGAUAUCCAAUUUCAUUACCGGAACAAGAUGGAGUUUUCUUUUGGGCACAAAGCUUGGUUACCUCCUGAAAUGCUUGGGGAAGGAUGGAAUGGCUCUAAUGGCUCUGCUUUGGGACUUCAUGUUCCUGGCUUCUUUGAUAAGAUUUUAAACGUGCAGAAGUGCUUACUUCAAAGUGAGCUGGCCAAUGAGGUUCUUGCAGUCGUCCAAGAUGUUUGGAGAGACCCAGAGUUAGGCCUUUCGCCUUACAAUGUUCACUCUCAUGCUGGCUUUCUGAAGCAUCUGGUGUUGAGAACUGGAAGAGAUGUUGGAAGUGGUCUUCCUGAGUUGAUGGUUAAUUUUGUAACGGCUUCCCACAAGCCAGAGUUGUUAAACCCCAUUGUUGAGAAAAUUGCGGCAAUACCAGAAGUGGUAAGCAUUGUGAACAAUGUUAAUACUUCAGUGGGCAACACAGCUAUUGGCGAGGAGGAAUAUGUUUUGUACGGCAAAUCUACUAUUACAGAGAUUUUAAGAGGAACCGUAUUUCAGAUUUCUGCGAACUCUUUCUUUCAAACAAAUUCGCACCAGGCAGAAGUAUUAUACAAAUUAAUCGAAGACCUCGCCUGUCUUAGAGGAGAUUGUUCAGAAGUCAUUCUUGACCUUUUUUGUGGGACAGGAACCAUUGGACUUACUCUUGCAAAAAGGGUAAGAUGGGUUUAUGGGUAUGAAGUAGUCCCUCAGGCCGUCUCAGAUGCACGCCGGAAUGCUGAAUUGAAUGGCAUUCAAAAUGCAACAUUCAUUGAGGGGGAUCUUAAUAAAAUUGAUGAGAAAUUUGGGGACAACUUUCCCCAGCCAGACAUUGUCAUUACAGAUCCAAAUCGGCCUGGCAUGCAUCUCAAAUUAAUUAAGUUUCUGCUCAAGCUGAAGGCAGAACGCAUCAUUUAUGUCUCAUGCAAUCCUGCAACAUGUGCUCGUGACCUUGAUUAUCUUUGUCAUGGAUUGCCGGAUCAGAAUGUCGAGGGUUGUUACAAAUUGAAAAGCUUACAGCCUGUGGACAUGUUCCCUCACACCCCACAUGUUGAAUGUAUUUGCUUGCUGGAACUCACAUUUUCAUAUUAUACAGAGUUAUGUGGAGGGCCUCGAGCACCCCCAAGAAACAAAAUGGCUCUUUGUGGACAAGUAAAUACACCUUCUCAAAGGCUUUCUUCUGGAGCAAUGCAAAUGCCAAUGCCACCACUUUCAACCAGCAAUGACAAUAACUUGGGGCAUUGCCAGAAGAUGAAUGGAUAUCCCUUGUUUCGCAGCACACAUGAGGCGGCUUCCCAUAAGCUUGGGAGAUUUCAGUCUAACUGUUCGAAUGGCAUGAAGGCGGAUACCAGAUACCGUGAAAAUCAGAUAGUUAGAUCUGGAUAUUACAAAGCACUAAAUGCAAGACGGGCGUUAAGAAUGACACAGCCAUAUCAUUACUAUCAUUCUUUGAAUUCUUCAGUUAAGUUGCACUUGAAGGAGGAUGACCCUGGAAUUCCAUAUUUUGGCAGAAAAGAAAAAGUUUUGAACGGUGGCAUGGUCGCUCAUAGAAUGGAGAAAGAACAUGGCAAUUCCUCAGAUUUGUUAGAGAAACAUAAAACUGCUUUUGGGAGACAUAAAAGGAUAGAGAGAACUAAUGUCUUAUCAAGGGAGCAUUUAGGAAAUCAAGCCAACUUUAAUUCCAAAAUAUUUGAAAUGAGUGAUAAGAAAGGUGAAAUGUUUCAUCCUAUUCCAUCUUCAGAUCAUAAUUUUUCUGCCAAUGCAGAUCUAGGUAUUCAACGAGUGUAUAAAACUCAUGAGUCUGGUAAUAGACUUAUACCCUUACACCAUAUAAAAGGUACAUUUCGUAAUGGUUUUAGCACAUUGCAUGAUAGUUCUGUUGGAAUGCAUCAAGAGGGCAAAUCUUUGCUUUUGGAAACCACACGCAUAGAGAUUGUAUCAGGGGACCCUGAAAGACUCUUGAGGAAGAGAAACUCUGCAGCAAUGGAGGAGCCACUGUGUUCUAGUUCCAGUACAAAAGCUGGAGAAAACAAUGGAGCAUCAAGUAGGAUUAAAUCUGCCAAUGAGGGUCUCCCGGGAGAUCAUCGUAAAGAUUUACCUUUGGAAGUGGUUGAAAGAACUAGUGCUAUCUCGGACACAUCUGUGGUGGAUUCCUCGUCACGUUUGUGCAUAACGCCUGACAUGAUGAUGCGAGUCAUAGGUCCAAACUUCUUCUGGAGAGUACGAACAACUAUUGAUCAUCAGCAAAGGGUGUUCGCGACGCAAAUAUUUGAGUUACAUCGACUUAUAAAGGUUCAAAGGUUGAUUGCUGGAGCACCAAAAAUGUUAGUUGAAGGCAAUGUGAUCUUUGGCAAACCUUCCACUGAAUUUUUCACGAAAAAUAAGUUGCAAAUGAAGGUAUUUCCAGAACCACCACUUCAACCUAUAAAGCCAGAAGUUGAAUCUUCACAGCUCGAACAACGUCAAGAUUAUGACGCCAAGCAUGCACGGGGAAAGUUUUCUGCUACAGAUGAUAACACCAAGAAAGGCAACAUUAAUCCAAAUCCCACAAUGAAAUCAGAAUCUGGUGUCCCUGGCGACAGCGAAUCUGGACCUUGCUUUUACAAACCACCAUCUGGAGCAUAUCAAUGGUUAGUUCCUGUAAGGUCAGCUUCUGAAGGACUUGUUUACAAGCCCUAUUUAGGGCCUUUCCCGGCGCCAUCUCAUGGUUCAAUGGCAUCAGUUUAUGGAAACCAUGGCACUACUUUAAGCUUAACCAGAAUGGACGCAACAGCAUUUGUCAACACAACUACUUAUGUUUUCCCAGCUUCAAACCACCAGCAAGGGAUUGUCAUUUACACCGGCCAUGGUGCAUUGGCGUAUUCCCCUGAGAUGAACAACACUUCGAAUCCAGAUUCAGAUGUAAUGCAGCAGUUUGGCACAACUCAACCAUCAAGCGGACUAAUUAUUCCACACCAAACAUCCUGUAAUCCCAGCAUGGAAAGCGGGAUGAUGACGGAUUCUGGUGCGAUUUCGCCUGGUUUCAGACACAGGGAUUCUCUGGAAAGCCCUGAAGAAGGACUUCCUCUUUUUCCAACAACACCAAUGGAUCAGAUGUUAAGAUAUUCAGACCAGAAUCAUCAGGAUAGUAAAAAAAUACAAGUGAUCAAAGUCGUGCCUCACAAUUCUUUCAAGUCCACGUCAGAAUCAGCUGCACGAAUUUUUCAGCUGAUACAGGAAGAAAGAAAAAAACAUGACUGA